AUGGCUACACCAUCCACAUCUCCCGAUGCGCCUCCAACGAAUCCACCAAGGAGCAAUAACCUCCGCAACCCUCUUCCCCUCUCAGCCCCCCAAGAACAAGAAGUGAAAUUAUUGUUCCACAAGCGUGUACGAGGCUAUUGCGCCCCAGAGAUUAAAGCAUUUGCCGAAUGCGCCGUUAACCGCACCAUUACUGCAACAUGGGUCUGUCGCCAGCAGCGACUUGCAAUGAAUUCGUGCAUGAUCGCACACGCAAAACCUGAAGAAGAGGAUCGCGCACGUGAAGAGUGGUUCGCGGGGAUUGAAGAACGGCGUCGCGCGCGCGAUGAGGAGCUCGCUGGUGUUGAGAGGCGGCGUGCGGAGGUUCAAAAGCUGAUGCGCGAAGAUGAGAUCCGGAGACGAGAGGCCAAAAAAUGA